ACUCACAUCGUCUCGGUCUCCUCGGUCGUGUGUCCGAUCCUAUCCUCUCCGCGACGUACGAUUUCUCCGAACCCCACCGGUAAUAACUCGGGCGUACCGUGUUAUACGCGAUUUAAAUGAAAACCUAAUAUCCCGAUAUCGUAUUGUAAAAUCUUAAGAUCAUUUACUAAGGUCCCUUGAUUUUUAUUAGACAUCUUUUGAACUUUUUUUGAACUUUAUGAACAUCUAGCUAAGCUUUUAGAACUUUUGGAAGAGGGUGCAAAUUAAGGAUUAUUUGGAUUGUGGGUAAAAAAGUGACCGAAGUGGAAAGCGGUCGGCUGACAGCCUCCCUGUCUCAUUUUCAUCUGUCAAGCACUUGAUUGAAGAACCUGAUUUCGACUGUGAAGAUCCACAAAUAAAUAAAUAGAAACCCUACAAUUCUCUGAUUUUUCAAAGAAAAUAAUUCCGAGCUACGUUUCGCAAAUAAGAACGAAAGCGCUUUAUUAACAUCUUACCCUGCCUGCAGUUCGUGCCACGAGCCCCAGAGUCCCAGCCAUUAGUUUGAGUGGAGUGUCCCCUGUGUCUGCCCACACAUAGCCCUAUAAGCAGCCAAAAUUCCACGUGACACAACGGACACAACCUCCAGCAUGGACCUGGAGAAAGCCCCUUCUCUCCAUGAGGAAGACUCAAAAGUUAUCCUCACUAUCAGACUGAUUAUGCAGGGGAAGGAAGUUGGGAGCAUUAUUGGAAAAAAAGGAGAGAUUGUUAAAAGAUUUAGAGAAGAGUCCGGUGCUAAAAUUAAUAUUUCUGAUGGAUCAUGCCCGGAGCGUAUUGUUACUGUCACAGGAAACACAACUGCUAUAUUCAAGGCAUUCACACUCAUAUGCAAAAAAUUUGAAGAGUGGUGCACUCAGUUCAAUGAGGGCGGAGGCGGCGGAUCGCGUGCUCCCAUCACGCUGCGGCUUAUUGUGCCCGCCUCGCAGUGUGGCUCACUUAUUGGAAAGGGGGGCUCAAAAAUCAAGGAAAUCCGUGAUGUCACUGGUGCCAACAUUCAGGUGGCGAGCGAAAUGUUGCCGAAUUCAACUGAACGAGCGGUGACAAUCAGUGGAACCUGUGACGCUAUAACCCAAUGCAUUUAUCAUAUUUGUUGUGUUAUGUUAGAGAGCCCUCCGAAGGGAGCAACAAUCCCGUACAGACCAAAGCCAAAUGUAGCGGGACCUGUGAUUCUAGCCGGCGGACAAGCCUACACUAUCCAAGGAAACUAUGCCGUCCCAGCCCAAGACAUGGGAGGGCUCGCUAAGUCGCCGUUGGCCAGUCUCGCUGCCCUGGGCCUCGGUGGUCUCGGACCUGGGAAUGCUGCAGGAUUAAAUCCUGCUGCACUGGCGGCUCUGGCCGGCUCGCAGCUGCGCACUACGAACCAGUCCCGCAACCAGCCCGCCACCAACCAGCAGUCGCACGAGAUGACCGUGCCCAAUGAGCUCAUCGGGUGCAUCAUCGGAAAGGGCGGCACCAAGAUCGCUGAAAUCCGUCAAAUAUCCGGCGCAAUGAUCAGGAUAUCCAACUGCGAGGAGCGCGAGGGCGGCAGCACCGACCGGACCAUCACUAUAACUGGCAACCCCGACUCGGUGGCGUUGGCGCAGUACCUCAUCAACAUGAGGAUCACGAUGGAGACGGCCGGCCUCCCGCUGCCCGGCUACCACUACAUCGCUCCGAAUCACAUAGUGAAAGCGCCGAUACAUUGAAUGGGGCUUCGCGGUCAGAGUUCUGGUAUUGCAUACAACGUGUACAACGCGGAACGCUCGUAUUAUAUGCCGCCGCAGUACGGAACUCUGGCUCCAAUAUACUUCUUCAAAUGAAUCUAGAUAUCGAACAAUCUCCAAGGUACAAAAUGGGGCCGCACACUGGAUUCAUGCCGAGCGUAAAAGUAUGUUUACAUUUGUUACGAGUUAUAUGUAUUUUAGAUAUUCUUAUAUUUAUCCUCCACUGUAUUGAAAUUAAUCGAUAAAUGUCGUGUCAGUUGGAGAGACGAAAUGAAAAAUUUUGGUAACAAAAUAACAUAUUUUAAAAUCGACUGACAUUAUUAAAAAAUUAUUGACUCCGCGAUCGGUGAACUAACUUUUGUAAACGAAUCAUUUCGUCGGUCUGAUCGAACCGCUUCAUAGUUCGUUCACUGAUCGCGAAUUUUAAUAUGAACGAAAUGUUAGCUAAGGAGAUCGAAUUUACUACGGAUUUAAGCGGUUCAGUAUCGAUUAUUAUCUGUCACGUAAAAUUUACAAUCACAAACCGUACUGACCAUAACGAUUGUUCGGGGUCUAAAGUGCAGCAACUCUGAAACACGUGACUUUGGGUAAUCAAAUUAAUGUUUCUUCCAGACCUGUUGCUCUUUAGCCCUGACGUAUGGUCCUUGACCAUGUUCAGACCGCACGAGUGAGUAAGGAGUGUCGAAUGUCGCACAUUAGCUGUAGAUGCGUUACAAACGACCUCGCCUCUGCUGACGUAGCGUAGAGUAGACUAGAUGACAGAGCGAGAGGGUUUUAAAGACAAUAUUUGUACAUAAUAUAAUCGUAACAGCCUGCAAAAUUAGGUAUUACAGUAAUGUUUGUCGCUCGAAUGCGGCUCGACGAUACGAAACCGGUGGGAUCAAAUCCUUUAAGAAACUUACAUUAAAAACGGAAGACAGAGGCGAAACGUAACAUUUCAGAUAUAUUACGUACUGAAAUAUAAAUCGUAAUCACAAAAAAAAAAGACGUUAGUUAUAUAAAAUAGUGUUGCUAAAUGUGAUAGUCUUCUAAUUUAGUUUACAUUCGAACUAUUAAUAAUUAGAGAUCUCUUACAUAUUAUUAUUAUUAUUAUUACGUACACUUUGUGUAUGUACAUCGGCGAAAUUAAGUCGAAUAAAAAUUGGUCUAGGGAUCAAAGCCAAAGAUUGUUAAAGUUUGUUUGACAUUAUUGAUGUUGUGAAUUUAUGCUAAAUUAUUGUGAGAGUAAUCAGUGUUAGGAAAUAUACUAUUUAUUUGGAACACCCUCUCCAGACUGCUCACUAUAUUUAAAUGUAGUUCGAAAGUAAAUAGGUAAACCUGUGGUAUUUACGUAUUCGGUAUUUAAAAAAAAAAAGAUUUAGCUUAAUAGAGAUUUAGUAUAUCUAAGACCAUUCUUCCCAAGCUUUCUCUUUCGAAUUGUACCUACAUGCUACCGGUGCCGCAACACUUAGGAAAUUACGUGUGCCAAAUAUUGACUUAAUGUUUGUAAAAGAAAAUUUACUUCAAAGUAUUUUCAUUAAUUUUGUAAACUUUUCUAUUUAACUAAAUUUAAAUAUAUUUGAAAUUUUAAAAAUAUAUAUAAAUAUAUCCACAAAAAAUAAUAAACCUAAUUUUGCACCCUAGUAUUUAAGAUAAUGCAAUUAGACUAAAUUAUAGUAAUAUCGAAUAAUUAGUAUCGAUACAUAUCCCAAUAAUAUAUCACUCCCCGUGUCUUCCCCUUCAGUAUUUGAAUAAAGUAAAAUUUAGGAUUGUGCCAAAGUUGUGUCUAAUGUUUGAUAUUUUUGGACGAAUGAAAUUAGUACCUAUAUUUUGUUUUAUUUGUUUAAAUUGUAGUACUAGUCAAAGUUUUAUCUUUUCACAUUCAAAUAAAAAAAAUAUUAAUUCUAGUCAAAAUUAUUACUCAUUUUAUGUGCUAUUGGAUAUUUUAAAUUAUUGACUUAUUUAUUUUUUAAAUUCGUUCUUGUUAAAUUAUUUUAAUCAAUUUCGUGUGGUGACGUUUCACUAAAUUAGCAAUAAUUAUUUUGAUAAAAUCAAUUAAAAUACGGUAAUUAAUUGCAAUUAAGACAGUGUAUAGAGCUUUGUAUUGUAAGUACCACACAGGUGAAUAGAGUAAUCGUGUAGGAGAAUAGGCGAAUUUAAUGUAAGGAAAAGUAAACACGUUUAAUGAAGAGAGAUUUCUUAGUUGUAAGUUUUUGAGGCACUUUUGUGCAUAAAGCUACGUCAAAUUGUCGCACUAAGGAAGUCGUUCGUCGAUAGCGCGGGUAGUCGUUAGGCCCCUAACACACGGCGCAUUUAAAACGCGCAGACGACACGUGUUUUAAGGAACGCACGUCGUUUGCGCUAUAGAUGCCGAUUUUUGCUUUUUUUUACAAACUUUUAAGCACGCGUAAAACGCUAUACAAACGCACGUGUGAAGCGCUUUUGUAUCGCGUUUGAAGCGCGUACGAAGGAGUGUAGAGGAGGGGCGCGCGCUUGCGUCGUCGCCAUUGUACCUACAAUUGAACUGAUCAAAACGUAGAAUCUACGAGCAACUACAACGCGUCUAUAUCGCUGUAUCUGCGCGUAUACACGCAGUAGACGCGCGCUUCACGAUCACUGCGCGUUUGAAGCGCAUAUACGCGCGUCGACUGCGCGUUUAAAAUACGCCGUGUGCUAUGGACCUUAGUGCACCUUUGUACUGGAUACCGUCGACAGCAAGUAGCAACUGUUGCGAUGCGGCUUAGGGCCGAAGCACAUCUGACGGAAUCUAUGUCGGUCCUCGGUCGCAUUUGUUCUGUAUUCCCCUUGACUUUCAAUCAGCAACGUAUGUUACUCGGAAUGUAAAUGUUUUAGUACGGCGUACUGUUAUAACGGUUAAAAAUAAAAUAAUGAGUUUUUGUAUUUGUGAAAAGCUUUGAAAAAAAGCGGUGACAUCUAUUCUAUGCACAAGUUCGAUGAUUAAAACGAAUUCCACAUAAACAGACAAAUUAGCGGCACAUGUGUUUCGACCCUUAUUGACUCUUUUUUUUUUAAUCGUAUUGCGACCAGGAAAUUGUGACGUAAAUACUUUCAGAUUCUAAUAUCAAUGACUUUGUCAUAAAAAUUAAUCAAUACAAUGACAAUAUUGUAAGAAAUAAUUUGUCUUCUGAUUUACACUUUAUUGUUUUAAGGAUAAAGACAGUCUGUAUUUUUAAUUAUACUCGUGUUUAGAUUAACAUUUAUGAUUCAUUAGUAUUGUUACUGUUAUUUUGAUUUGCUCAAUUAUCUGAAUGUUGAUGUAAGCUAGGCUUCAAGUAAUUAGUUUAUUUUGUUGAACAAAUAAACAACAUUAAAAUAUGCGCAUAGUAUACAAAUGUGUGUAUAGACCUUGUUUGGAUCUGAAUAUUGACGAAGUCUCUCUAAGAUUCGAUAUGUCAAUAAUACAUAGGUUACUCAAAUGUGUUUAUGAAGUUAAUAUCGGUGCCAUAUUACGAAGGUGAGCUGAUUCACAAUGUUAAUUUCAAAUCGGCGUAAUUGCCGAUUGUCAUCACUGCGGACGUGUGCGAGUUUGUGUGUAAGUUUUUUUUUUCAUAAAUGUGUGUUCAUGAACCAAACACGGUGCCUCUUGUUCUCAUUUUGCCACAUAUUAUUUCGCUUGAAACAUUACACUUAUUAUUGUAACCGAACUUUUCUUUUUCAUAAACACUUUAAAUGAUAUUAGCCUUUAUUGACAGGGUCGGACUGCGUGUAUAAUAGUGUAAUUAAAACUCAAUUCUAGCAAAUUAAAAAAAAUAAAUUUAAUAGCAAAUUUUUUUAAAGCGUUCGUGUUUUAGCACUCGAAUUUUUAAAAUUUUAAUGCACCAUUUUGAACAGUAUUCUCAAGUGAUGUCUCUGAAACUAAUAUAACAUUUGAAACUUAUAAGUGUAACGUUCACAAUUUAUCGUCACAUAAUAAACACAAUAAUGAUUACACAAUAAAACUUUAAUGAACAUUAACUUGAAUAUUGCAAGUGUAAAAGACAAAGAUUUUUUGUUUUAUGUUUGAAGUCGUGUUCCACAUGCAGGUUUGAGAUGAAUGGGUAAUGAGGGUUGUGUAAUUUGUUAUGCAUAUACUAUAUUCAAUAUUAUAUUUGCUUAUAUCCCCUUUAUUGACACGAUAAUAUCUAAAAUAAUACUGAACUUAAUACCUGUAGUCAACCAGGGUAAAAACAUUAAAACGUUUUAUUAGUACAGUUUUAUGAACACUGUUAAUUCGGUUUUUUAAACAUUAAUAGAUUAACUUGAAUAAUUUAAGUAUUUAUUCUUUGUUCAAUUCUCGAUCAAUAAAUUUCAAUGUUAGAUUUGUAAGUUAUAGAAUAAGCGGAAUGUAGAAAACAUUUUUAAAAGACAACCCACGCGCUCUUGGAAUGUUUACAUUUAAUAAUAUUUGGAAUUGUCAGUGAAUUCCAAAAACAAAUUUAGUUGAAGUGAACGUAGUUUUAUUGCACUAAUCUAGUUAGGACCGGCAAUGCUGUACUGAAUUACUUUUUUCCAGUGAGAAAUUAACCUCGUUUAAUGACUGAAAAAUAGGUCCAAAGCACUCACUGGUGUAAUUAGUGUAUUUUCAAUGUAUGUUUACACUAUUGCAAUUUUAUUUUUCUUAGAAUAGAUUCCCGUCUAAAAGCAGUUUAAAAGCAUUUAAUUUUUUUGUUAAGCAAUAUAAUCAGAUAUUGGAAAUUUAGCUCGUAUCAUAUACAUAUGAAAGAGUAGUACAAUUUUAUUCCAAAUAAAGAAAAUUUGUAAACAAUAACGACAAAUUUCAUAACAAAAAUAAGAAACUUAUAAGAGUAAGCCCUCGAAAAUUCUUCGUGGUCUCGAUACAAUCCGAGAAAUAAAUACAAUUAAUUUCUAAUUACGGUAUAUUAUAUUUGCGUUGGUACAAAAUCUGUGCCAAAACUAAAAAUUAUAUUUUGCGGACUUUUUAAAUCUCUUAUGCCACGUCAAUACAGAAUAGUAGGAAAAUCCGGACUUUUUAAUAAUUAAUCAGCAUCCGAUUGAAACGGUUUACGCUAGGCAGCGGCUUGGCUCUGCCCCUGGCAUUGCUGAAGCCCAUGGGCGACGGUAACCACUCACCAUCAGGUGGACCGUAUGCUCGUCUGCCUACAAGGGCAAUAAAAAAAACCGUCAAUAUUCCUUUUUAUAAUCUCUUUAAAAAUAAUAUCAGAAAUGCAAUAAUAUUUUUAUUUGCCGUAGAUGCUCAUAAAGUAAUUUAGUUUUUAAAAAUAAUCGAUGUGUGGUGAAUAAAAUUAACAGACGAUAACUUAAUUUAUAAGCAUUUUAUUUUAAGCCGUUGCCAGAGCUCUUAAACCACCAUCUAAAUGUCGUCCCCCGCAAGUCAAAGUCUUAAUUGCAUUGGAAUUGGAUGGAUACGCUUUAUACGGUAAACCCGAAAACUUGUCUUUGUCGCGACUGAAAUGGUCUUGACUGUAUUAAUCAUGCGGGCUCAUAAGACCCUACUGCUGGUAAUCAAUUUUUAAAUAAAUGUGAGAUAGGCAAAUAUGUGGAAGACCUAUUACUUCGGACGGCGAUCAGACUGACGAGCCAUGAGCAAAAGAACCAAAUUUUUAUUUGGAAUAGGUGGAAUUCAAUUAUUCUGUCACUUAACACGUGUUAAAUUCAUAUCCGCAUCUUUGACAAAAAAAAGUUUAAAUACAAAAUAAUUUUCACAUAUCUACACAUUUGAAAUAAAAUAACUCACAUUAUACUCUGAAUUUGCUUAGUGAAUAAUAAGAAUAUAUCAUAUUACAUAUUAAAUAUCGAUUGAAUUGUCGACAUAUCUAACCGUUUUGAGAAUUGAUUAAUGUUACAAUAUAAAAAUGUUCUUGCGGUUACAGUAUACUGUCGUCGAAGUUCAUUUCAAUAAUAAUAUAAAUAAUGUUUGUUUUUAUUACGUUAGUUCAAUAAAGUGUGUAAAUAAAA